CAACCAGUGCACAGUGUAGUUUCUGUUAUACAAACGAACACAAUAAUGCCUAUACGAGAGUUGUCCAAAGAGCUGCAAGAAGUUGCAGUUAAUGAAUUAAAUGAAGAUCCGAAAAGAAUUCCAAAUGAUUUGGCUUACAUUAGGGAAUGGCUUUCUAAACAGCCUCAUCUUAAAGCUAGAACAGAUGAUCAAUUUUUAAUUGCCUUUUUGCGGGGUACCAAAUUUAGCUUAGAACGAACAAAAGAAAAAUUGGAUAUGCAUUAUACUUUAAAAACAAUUACACCUGAACUAUACGCCAAGAGAGAUCCUUUUGCACCGGAAGUGCAAAAAAUUUUAAAACUGGGAGUCAUGCUUCCACUACCAAAAUUAAUUAGCCCUGGUGGUCCUCGGCUUUCACUUAUCAGAAAUGGUCUUAUGGAAAAACAUAAAAUCGAUCAAGCAGAACUUUUCAAAGUUAGUACAAUGAUGCAAGAUAUUUUGCUUCUUGAAGAUGAUAAUCUGGCUGUUUCUGGAGUUAUGGCCGUUCAAGAUAUGUCUGAUAUGUCUAUGGCUUUUGUGAAGUCUUUGUCUAUUUCAGUAACUAAGAAAGCGAUGACUUGUUUUCAACAUGGUUAUCCCCACAGAAUCAAAGGCGGGCACUUCUUUAACAUAACUGGGGUAUUUGACAUAAUAUACAACUUGUUUAAACCAUUUUUAACAGAAAAGUUGAAAAGAAGGAUGCGUGUUUAUGACUCACUGGACGAAUUGUAUAAGGUAAUUCCAAAAGAAAUACUACCUGAAGAAUAUGGUGGACAAGGUGGUAAAAUUGAGGACAUUGCAGCUCACUGGAAAGCUAAGGUAGAAAGUUAUCGAGAUUGGUUUAUAGAAGAUGAAAAAUACAGAACAGAUGAAAAUAAACGACCUGGAAAACCAAAAACGGCUGAAUCUGUGUUUGGUUUAGAAGGAUCUUUCAGGCAGCUAGCAGUCGACUAGUAGAGACAAAAAUGUUUUUUAUCUUAUUAUCAGAGCACGGCAGAAAAUAUACCUUUGCAGCAACGUGCUGCAAAGCAGUAAGCUGUGUUUUUGACAGCGUAGUUUCGAUUGUUUCGAUGCAUAUACUGAUUUUCUUUGCAGUGUCGUACAAAGCCAAUUUGUAGUGCUCCCAACAUUCGAUGUUUCGUAAUUAUUAUUUUUGUAAUUUUAAACAGAGUCACAUAUACGUGCUAGGCUAUCGCUUCAAUAGUGAUCGACAUCUUGCGGAAACAAUGCAACGUAUUUACGAUUGCCCGAGGUGUAUUUUUUGUCGCACUUUGUAUAUAGGUAAAGUAAACCUAAAUAUUUUAAAUAAAAUACUUCUUUAAUAA